UCACUGGCAGUCAUAUUUGCGCAUGUACGUUACGAGCUGCGAAUCCUCGUGGGCAGAGAAUUCGUUCACUGCUGAGAAAAAGAUUUCCGAUCUUACAUUCUAAGGUGUGCUACAAGUUUUAACUCGUCAUGAACACGGCAGAGAAGCUGAAGAAGCAGGUGGACCAGGUGCGGAUAGGGGGUAAGGGCUCGGCCAGGAGAAAAAAGAAGGUUGUCCACAGAACCUCAGCCUCGGACGACAAGAAGGUCCAGUCCCAACUCAAGAAGGUGGGCGUCAACACCAUCCAGGGCAUUGAGGAGGUGAACAUGAUCAAAGAUGACAGCACGGUUCUUCACUUCACCAACCCCAAGGUACAGGCGUCACUGGCAGCCAACACGUUUGCUGUCAGCGGCCUCUGUGAGACUAAGCCAAUCACAGAGUUGCUUCCCGGAAUAAUGAACCAAUUGGGAAACACAGGCGAUCUCCGUCAGUUUGCAAACAAAAUGUCCAGCCCUCUGGAUGCCAUGAAGGGAGACACCAAGGCAGACACCAUCGACGAGGAUGACGAGCAUGUGCCAGAUCUGGUAGAGGACUUUGAUGCGCCUUCCAAGGAAGAGUCCUAGAGCGUCAUCCACUGCUCCGUACAAGUAAACUUCAAGCGUCAGGAAUUCACAAAUACAUCAAGGAACAGUCAUUCCUGUGGCAGCACCACUCGGGUUUGCUCAAGUAAUGACAACAGAAAGCUCACCAUCGUUGGCCAUGAAGAUUGGCCGGCUCUGCCAAAGUUUUUUGAGAAAAAAGAAAAUUAUCGUCAAUGUUGUGUAGAUACAAACUGUCUGCAGGUCGGUUUUGCUAGUAACCAGCCACACCAGUGGAUUUGUGCAUAUGCUUGACUGGUUGCCUGCACUACAUGACUUGACAUGUAUUUUGUCGAUCAUGAUUUUUUUAGGAAGAGACCCUUGAUGCCAACAAUUUUACUCUUGGAGUCAAACUGGACCGUUAAGUAAGUUUUGUCCUGUCUUGUGUAAGCAUCACAUUUUGUAGGGUUGUUUUUGGCAAUUUCCAACCAGCAUAGCUCCAGUCAGAAAGGCUUUCAAAUUUCUGUCUGAAGCUUUGUUGUUCAAAGAUGCCACCGUUUAUUGCGUACCUAAUGAAUUUGUUUCUUCAUUUGAUCUUCCAAAUUCUGUAUUGUUGAAAAUUUUAUUUUGGUCAGGCGUCUGUACCAGUCUUGGUCCAGAAUGCUUGCUUUUGAAGGCUCCUGUGAAGAUCACCACUUUACAGGUACCAGUCUAUUUUUGAUGACUGGCCUCUUGCAUGUUGUAGUUGCAUCUUUUCCUGUCCGACUUUCCUUUUUUUCCCCUGGACAUGUCCUGCUUACUUGGAACUUGUUAGGAGUUCACAUGCACACAGUGGGUAGAACUACUGGACUUUCAGUGUGAUGGUUCGAAUCCUCAUGGCUGUAGGUCUUAUGCUUUCAAACCUUGCAACAUAAGAGUGCAAUUCUGCAUAAAUAUAUGAAACUCUUGAGUUGGGAGAUGGAACCCAGUACAAUGUACAUGGCAGUAGUCGACCCGUUCAUAACAGAAAUGAACUAUUGUGGGCUUUGUGUUAGACAACGUGGUAGGGAUACUUAACAUUCGAGUUGACGCCUUGGACCAUUCAAGUGAAAAUGCUUAUUUUCCUCGAUAAAGGGUUUGCGUGAAUGCCAUCUUGUAGGCCAGUGCCUUUGUUCCACAGGGUUUGCACAAAGGAGGUUUCGCUGCGGAACAAAAAAACUGCCCUACAAGAUGGCUACCACGCAAAGCCUCAACAGGCGGCUGUGCUGAAGAUGUCGCACUUAGUUUAAGUUUGUACUUUCCUAUAGAGCCAGUGAGGGCCCACGCUCCUCAGAACGCCGUAGAAAAGCACACACAUGAACAAAAGGCAAUGUCAUCAGAACUGAAGUGUUCUGGUUCCAAGUUCUUCCUCCAGCAAGUUCAAAGCUAAGUGAUGUGGACAGGUUGGACUUUUUUUGAUAUUAAAAUGAUUUUUUUUCUCUCUUAAAAAGCUUUAUAAUGAUAUAAGUACUUUGCGAUAUGUUCAGAUAUUUGUGACUGAAGGAAUGGUUGGGGUCGAUGUGUAAUGGUCAUCGUCCUAGUUUGGCACAUUUAAAAAAGUUUUCACAUGAAAAUUACUGUGGGUAAACUUUUUUUUGUGUGCGAUAUAAAUUUCUGUCUGCUGAUGAUCGCCGUCUGCAUUUUGGGCUUCAUGUCUGAGUCAUGUUAAACGUUGCCUUGGUCCUGUAGGAUAGGUUGAUAUGCACGUUAUAUUGGAGGGAAGGUAUUUUGCGGAAAGCAGUGUGUUCUCAGUGGAAGUACACAAUAAUCCCAUGGGUUAUACAAAAAGUUGGUGCCCAGAAAGUAUGCAGGUCGCUCACAGUUGAAACACACCGAAGAAUUAGUGUUACCAGUCCCAAAAGGGGGAUACAGUGGUGUCACCACUUGGUAUUUGCUCUUAUGCGAAGUAUGAACCAGCUUUUUACCCAAGCAAGAGUUACAAUGUAACAUGUUUAGAUGUUUCAAGAAAUGGCGUUUCCCACCAGUAAAUCGACUGAUCCAGAUUUUUGUGUAUUAUACCCGAGUUAUGUAAAGUUUUCCCCAAUCCUGUUUUUUUUUGGUUUUCAAGAACUUGGUUUAGAGGAGAAAGGCAACAUUUUGGAGAGUGAAAUAAAUGUCAUUUGGACAACUUCAAAAAAAUUGAAACAACUUCGUGAGGAGGCACUGUAUGGAUGAAAAGCUGUGUUCAUAAUUAUAGAACCUCAUGAGCAUCCUAUGGCAUUCAGUUGUCUCACAAGGUAUCUCUAGAUCUCCCACGGCCAGAGUCAUUGGAAUAAGAGUUUUUUCAGUUUAACAUAACCUUGUAGAGAUGAAAAGGUUUUAACUGAAUGACUAGGAAGUGUCAAGUUGUCUGGGGUCAACACUGUUGGCAUUAAUUAGCAAACACAAAUGUUAUUGUUAUUAAUGCCAUUCCAGAAUAAAGAACACAAACGAAUCUCUUUAA